AUGAGCUUGUGUGAUGCAUUUACGAGCACCUUCCCCCGACCCGUGUUGAUGCAUUUCGGAUGUGCUUCCGCCGAAUCUUCGACGCAGCAGCAGCAGGAGCAGCUGUUGCAGGAGCUGCGGCAUUUAGAAGAUAGGGCCCUUGCCGCCAACUGGGGAGACACCGUAGCGCUAAUGCUGGAUGGUCCACUUAUGGAUGCGGAACUUGCGCGCCUUGAGGACCGCUCGAGGCCGUUUGCACACAUGAAAGCGGUUCAGCAGCAACUGGAAUCUGUGCGUCGUCUGUUUGAUUUGAUGCGAAUCGUGGAAGAUGUACGAGACCACCUGAAUGAAAUCAUGGAGCUAGGAAGCAGAAGUUCUGGAAUUGGUGGAACUGGGCUCUGCGCGUCGCCUUCCGUCGACAACGUGUCUGAGCAUGCAGCUGCAGCCACCGAAACUUAUGAUCGCUUGAUGAAGCAGUAUCCAGAGUUCUGCGCAAAGACAGAAGAGGCUUUGGGACGGGGCCUCGCACUCCUUAGGCAAAAGCACAAAUUCCACUUUUCUGCGGAGCACCGAUUCUUCUUCUAG